AAUGAGAUUUUAAUGAAGACGAUCUGGAUUUCUUUAUUGCACAACUUCAGAAAGUAUUUUAUUUAAUUAGUCUCAUAAAGACCCCACAAAAGGAUUUGGUGAUCUUUGCUUGACUUAAGCCGUUUUCUUAAACGGGAUCGGACACACGGCACGUCAUUCUCGGUGCCACUCCCAAAGGAUUAAGUUGUUGGAAUUGGAAUAUGGAGCAAACCCACUAAGCACGAGAGCGGGAUUCCUCUGAGUGUGUGGCCGAGUGGGUCGCCCCGUGUCCCGGCCUUGCGUGUGCUGGAGAUCCCGCAAAUAUGGGAUGUGGAUUAAGGAAACUGGAGGACCCGGAGGACAACAACCCGGGAAAAAUCUACUCCACUUUAAAGAGACCACAGGUCGAGACCAAAACAGACUCCGUGUACGAGUAUGUGCUGCUGGACUUCAGUCUGGAAGGCAGUCGGCCUACAGUUCAGUAUCUGUCCUCGCUGUGCGAGCUGCCCCAUGCCCUGCAGUCAUACUACACCCAGGGCUACGUACUGGCCACCCUGCAUCCCAUCAUCCUCUCGGUGGGCCGGACCCGCUUCCUGCCCUGCAGCCUGCUCUACCGGGCCAUUUUGGUCCGCCAACGUUCCAGUAAACAUGCAGUGCCAAUGAUUGACAGCUUGCCAGUGUUGCGAGUGGAGGAGUGGCCACUGCCCGGAGAAUCUUUGACCAGUGACACAGUGGGACUGCUCAUAGACAGGGUGAACAGCUAUGCCAGGGCUGGCGUGAGGUUCCUGGGGUCAGUGCUCCAGCAGGCUGGAGGAGGGGGGUGUAACAGUAGAGUGCCCAGUCCCAGGAGGGGCUGCCGUUCCCCGCCCCGCACACCGCCUGGAGACGCAGAUCUAGAGGGCCGUGGCUACAGCCAAGACCUGAGAUUGUUGGUGCUGUUUCACUCCUGGGCUCCGGGCUGUGCUCCGCUGGACUCUCUGGCCUGCUGUUACCACCAGGGGGCGCUGUCCAUGCGCGUGUCCAGGAAGGGUCAAGUUGUCAGUGCACUCGAAGCUGAUUGGCUGGAAUUGACCGCAGCUUACUACCGCAAGGGCUGGUCAUUAGUCGACUCCUUUGUUUACUGGGACACACCUAAAGGUGAGCCGGUGCCCAGGUCUCUAGAGGGGCUGUUUGUCUAUGAGGAGAAAAGCAUAGCGCCCCCUGCCAAUGACACUGUUGUAGUGGAACAGUGGACCGUUAUAGAGGGUUCAGAUGUAAAGACAGACUAUGGUCCUUUGCUCCACACAUUAGCAGAAUUCGGCUGGCUGCUCACUAGUGUGCUGCCCACCCCAAUUAUUCGCCAUGACAGCGAAGGGAAUCUCGCCACCAAGCAGGUUGUUUUCCUGCAAAGACCGGUCAAAGGCCAGACGGUACCACAACACAACCAGGGAUCCACGCGGCGAGAGGUGUGUAGUCACUCUGUGAGUCGGGGCGUGGAUGAACCGCACACAGAGCUGUCGUCUCCAUGUUCAGGGGGAAUCGGCGGUUUCCCUGUAUUUGGAGGGGGGUAUCCCAGUGCGCUGUCCCAUUUAGACGAGGGAGGAUAUGAGCCGGACGACGGGGCUGCAGAAGUCACCUGUAUGUGAUGGACUAACUCAAAAGAUGCAGUUUUCUUUUUCAAGUUCUGUCAGAAAUCUUUGGCGAUUGAGAGUGGCAGCUGCCCUAGAAUUUACCACAUCACCAGACCACAAGAGACUUGUGUUGCUGUAUUAGAAACAGACUUGUGGAACUUUUAACGUUUUGUAAAUUAUUUUUUAACAAGCCAUAACGUAUUACAGGCCGGUUUUAUUUACACUUGUAUUUUUAAUUUUAAGCACAAAGUUUAUGUGCAAUGAUACUUUAACACAAAGUAUCAAAAAUGGCACUGAAAUUCACCUGUUAUUUACAUCAUCAGUAUUUCACAGCAUUCGCACAAUACCACAUGUCCAGUUCAAAUCACAUUUGUCAAGCUCCAACACUUGUUUUUCUUUAUCAUCACUGAGUGUCCUUCCUCACUGUUCAUUUUUUGCUAUUCUUUUUCCUGUUCCUUUUUUUUUUUUUACUCCAAACCAGCUGACAAUUCAGUUGUUCAAACACCUGCCACAGUUCAACAUAAACUCAGGAACCGAGUGUCCAAACAGCCCUUCUGCAGGAUGCAAAUUUUACUCGCUGUGCAGAUUUGUGACAUGCUUACAUUUUCUUACAGAAAUUUCCCAGGUCAAAACAUCAGGAAUGCUGCUUAUAGCUUGAGAUGCUAGAUUUUAAGAGAAAAGCACAUGCAGUGUAAACCUAUUGAGCUUCAGGCUGGAGCCCAUGAAUGCCCAUGAAUACUAAAUGCUGAAUUUGAUGCUGUAGUCCGGUUUAUCUGAUUUCUGCCAUGAGCUCAAAUGUUGCUUGAAUUUUUGUUAAUCUCCUGGGAAUUUCUUCACAUUAUCCAAAAGGGGAAGAUAAUAACACUCUGAUUUGUAUGUUAAGAUGAGCAUUUCAGUUCAAUAACUGCUAUGGGACUAUGAACAGAGUACUUCCUUUUGUUAGUAUAAACAUAGUUCUCCUCAGCUAAGGUGGUCAAAUUUGUUUUAUCUGGGUUUUUUUUUCAAAUUGAGCUGCAGUGGUGCCACCUUACAAUUCUUGUAGAAUUUUAACCAUGUUAAGGGUUGUAUUUUUCACGUCUUAUGUUGCCUUGACAAUGUUUAUCCCACUUUGAGGAAUGGCAGAAUAGAAUAAGCACAUUUUAGUUCGCAAAACAGACUAUCAAUGUUAAAGCCAAGAUGAACCGAAUGAGAUGAUUCUUCACUUUCAGAAGCUGAGCUCAAGACAUUUAACAUAUUCUUAUAUGCCAGAACUGUGCAGUAUUAUUUACCAACUGUAGUAUUUAAACAUCUUUCAGGCAGUUUUUUGUAAUGUUUUAUUAAAUGGGUAUUUACUUCAUAUUAAA